AUGGUAAAGUCAAACACAAAAGCAGACUCAGUGGAGUACAAUCAUGCUCCAAUAUCUUUAUUUCCGACCCCUUUCCCUUCAGUUCACUACCUAGGUGCACAAAAUUUACAAAGUCAUUUGGGAGUGAUGAUAAAUGAUUUAGUCCGUAAACCAGAUUAAAUUCAUGAUAUCUUGCAGUAUUUCAAGCUGCACGAUGAACUCAUGCAAAAGAUGCUCAAAGUAAGUGAGGCAUAUUAAAAGAAAGAACUUAGAUAAGAGACGCAUGCAUGCAUAUUAAGAUCAGACUAUAUGAUCGACAGUGUUACUGAUUCCCUUAAGCUAGUGGAGUAUAACACAGUAGCAUCAUCUUUUGGUUGUUUGUGUCAAAAAGUAACAGAGGUUUAGAAUCUAGUUAGGAAUAAAUAUGCUGAUAGUUUAAGUUUUAACUACACUCCAGAUCAAAUUAAAGAUGAUGGUUUGGGUAAAAGCUACAUUAAAGAUCUUGCUUCUACAUUUAAAGAUGCUGUUUAAAGAUAUCAUGAAGACAUGACUAGAAGAUUCCCAGAUCUCUAUGAGGAUAGAAAAUUAGAGAGUCAUUGGGUUUUAUUUGUGAUUGAUAAGGAGGAGAGAAAUAUCUGUGACCAGAAAUGGAUUGAGUAUUAACUAUAUCAUGAUCAUGGAAUUAAGUCAAUGAGAAUGACAUUUACUCAGAUAGGCAAUCUUGCAAAAGUUGAUGAAAAUACAAAUGCUCUCAGCAUAAAUGAUCAUGAGAUUGCUUUUGUUUACUACAGAACUGGAUACUAACUAGAGUAAUACGAAAAUGAGAAAGAUUGGCAAACUAGAGAAAUGCUUGAGACUACUAUGCCCAUUAAAUGUCCAAGUAUAGAUGUUCAUUUGACCACAUUUAAGAAGUUUCAACAAGCCUUCGGUGAUGAGAGACUUUUGAAGGAAGUCAUGAAUCAUCAUUUAUAGGAUGCAGACAUAAUUAAGCAAAUAUUUAAAGGAAUCUGGACUCUUGAGGAUAUUGAAAAGCCAGAGUCAGAAGUUUAAGAAAUCAUUAGAAAGGCACUUGAUAAUCCACAUGAUUAUGUAAUAAAGCCAUAGAAAGAAGGAGGUGGCAAUAAUUUCUAUGAUGAUUAAGUGAAGGAACUUCUUGAGCAGAAUGAUAAAGAAUAUCUAAAGUAAUUCCUUAUAAUGGAGAGAAUUAAUCCUCCAGAGAUCAAGGCAUUCAUGCUUAGAAAUGGAAAACUAAUUGAAGGACAAACUUUAUCAGAAUUCGGAGUCUUUUCAAGCAUUUUUAUAAGUACUUAACACAAAGAUUAGCAUGAUGUAGUCAGUCAAAAGAUUAUUGGUAGACUUUUAAGAACUAAAGGCAAAGAUAGCAAUGAAGGAGGUGUUAAUGCAGGCUUCGCAGUAAUAGAUUCUCCACUCAUUGUAGAUAUAGAUGAUAUUAAAAAUUCAGCUAUCAAACCACUAGUAUCAUCUAUCUGA